GUUCCCAAUCGGAGUGACAUCUGGUGACCGCCCGACGUGAUGCUACACCGACCCCUGAAGUCCGGUAACCCGACAUGAACUGCAGCCGACCCCCGAGGUCAGAAAGCAACCGACGUGAUCUGCUAAUCCCCUGAGGGUAAGCAGCGAGCGGGAAAAAGCCAGCCCUUCCCCCUAGAGGGGUAAGUGGAAUUCUCCCGGGCUUUCCAAGAGGAAGCUGGUUCUGGAAACCAACGGGAUAGUGGAGCCUGCCUGUGAGUGGGUUUGGAACGGCCAUCUUGGUGAAGCAGAGCUCAAAAUUCCCGGGUCUGAGCCGUUAGUGUGUGCAUAAUUGCAUUCGCGGAGCCGCCAAGAUAAAGUCCUCAUAAUGAAGGACUGUACUUCAGCUGAUGAACAGCUGGCCUACCUUGCAUGGCAGGAUGCCCUGCCCCGCAUGGGACUCAGUGUUUCUGAAGAUGCCAUGCGUGCUUUAUUUCAGUGGGUGAAAGAGCAAGGUUUUGAUAUAACUAUGGACAAUGCCUUUGAUCUCGAGACUUGGUCGUCGAUAGGUGACUAUUUAUGGUCGGAAUUGACUAACGGAGAUACCAGCGUGGGUGGCCUGGCGGCCACCUGGGGAGCGCUUUUUAAAGCGCUGAAACGGAGCCAGUCUGAGGACAGUGAAACUGGGAGGAGAAACUUUGAUGCCGAACGUUCCUCCGUUGUACAAGAUAAGGGACCGGGAGAUGAAACCGUAGAUGAGCUGCAUAGUGCUCUUUUAGCUCUGCCCAGACCUUCAGAUGACUUUAGCGGCGAGCGGGAGCAAUCUACAGCCCGAAAAUCUCCCUCUCCAGAGAGGUUUGAGCGGCCGCCAUCCGCGGAGCUUGGCGCGCGAGCUUUGCCAACGGGAAAGCGGCAGGAAAGCAGAGACUGCCCGCCUCCGCCUGUGCCACCCGCAGAGCCUCCGCCGGCGCCAAAAGCGCCACCGCCGGCUGCCGCAGAACCUGCUUUCUCCAGCCCCUCCGCGCUGUCCGAGCUUCUUCCUUCUGUGCCGCGAACAAAAGCGCAGACAUCCCCGCUGCGGCCCGUCAGCGCGGCGGGGGAGGGGGAGAGAGUCAGCGCUCAACUCCCCCGCGCCCGGCGCGCGGGGAGCCGCUGGAGAGUCCGAGCGCAGCUCCGAAACACAGAGGGGGGGGAGGGGCCCGCCCAAAAAGACCCCCCGUGUACCAACGCGGCGGGGCACGCGGCUCCCCCCGGCAGAAAAAUGGCGGGGGGGACGGGCGGCUUUGCUCGCCCCGCGCAUGCGCGAACCAAUCCCCCCGAACUGACAACCAACCGUGAAGAGAUGGUAACUUCAAAUUCCCUAAACCUUCCUGAAAUUCAUGAACUACUGUUCAAACCCGACGAACAACAGGAACAACAAUAA